AUGGCGACAACGGCAGGCCAGGGCUGGGCCCAGCUGAGGCAACAAGCCCGAUCGUUAGAAUCACAGACCGAGGCAUCGCUUCAAACAUACUCGCAGUUCUCGACACAGACGGCCAUCCCCCCAAAACCGACAAAAGAGGAGAAGAAUGCUGAGGCCAAGCGCGAAGGCGUGAUCGCCCAACUCGGCCGGCUGCUCGACUCCGAAGCCACGCUGACCUCCUCCGCCCUCAAACAAAACAACCUCGCGCUACUCCGCGACAAGCUCUCCGACCACCGGCGCGACCUCUCCCGCCUCCGCACCACGCUCCAGUCGGCGCGCGACCGCGCCAACCUGCUGGGCAGCGUGCGCGACGACAUCUCGGCGUAUCGGGCGGCCAACCCGGCGGACGCCGAGGCCGAGUACAUGCUGGGGGAGCGGGCGCGGCUGGACCGCAGCCACGAUGUGGCCGACAGCGUGCUAAGCCAGGCCUACGCCGUCCAGGACAGCUUCGCCCUGCAGCGCGAGACGCUCGCCAGCAUCAACCGCCGCAUCACCCUCGCCGCGAGCCAGGUGCCGGGCAUCAAUACCCUGAUUGGGCGCAUCUCGGCCAAGAAGAGGCGGGAUGGGAUUAUCAUGGGCGGGUUUAUUGCCGUGUGCUUUUUGUUGCUUUGGUUUUUUAUGUGA